UGGUCAAACCGUUCAGGAUGGGGACUCGACGGAAUGGGCUACGGACGCACUGUUCAGACGCUUUGUCAUUGCCCUCCCCCAUCGCUGUGGAUUCACCGACGUUCAUCACGCUGACAGUGUAAUACGUUUUUAACACGCGCAAUAACUUUGCUCCCUGCCCUUCCUUCCAUCCGAACAUUUUGUUCCUCCGACUCGACCAUCAUCCCGCGCUUCCUCACUCUCUUAAAUCUGCUCUCAAUUCAGACCCCUCGUCUCGCCUUUGCCUUUUUAUUCGUGCCGGAUCUCGAGAGUUUGGACACUCGCGGAUCCCACUCCAGAUCCUUCCAGACACACAGAGCAUGACUACGUCGCCGCCCAAGCUCAACGGCAUCGAUGGCAAGCAAGGCAACCCCUCUUUUGAGGUGAACGGCCUUGCGUCCUCGCCCCCGAUCGCAGAGCGCACCGAGAGCUCGACUCCCAAGCCUGACAACCUUUCCAACGAGGAGAUCCAGCGUAUUGAGAAGAAGCGUCUGGAGCGUGAGGAGCAGCGUCGGCGCCUUGAGGCCCAGCUCUAUGCUCUUAACGCCGAGGACAAGCUCGACGAGCUUUUGGUCAACGGUGGCAAUGCAGCCAGCAUUGCUGCCUCUGCGCCCACUUCGCCGCUCGGAGCCCGUACCCCGCACGGUGCCUCGGAAGAGCGCGCUCCCAGCACUGGUCCUGUCGCUCCCAUCGGCCAAGGUCGCGACAUGAACGGCGCCAAGAGCAUGCCGGCCAGUCGUCGCACCAGCGGCUAUGGUCCCACCUUUGGCAUGGAGAAGCUUUCCCUCAGCGUCCUCGAGCCGGGAGGCAAGAAGUGGCACGAUGAGGAUGACGUUGAUGCCGAGGGUGCCCAGAAAUCCGUAAACUACCUCGCCAUCAACGACGACGACCCGUUCCCGUCACUCAAGGACUCAGGUCUGUCAGCCGCGUCGGCUGCACUCGACCUGGCUCCGCUUCCCCAGGCGUCGUCGCGUGCAUUCGGCUCGCGCCCAUUCGACACGACUCUCAAGACUUCCGAGUGGAGCCCCUUCCCCGCGCCUGGCGCUGGCCGCGGCGGCCUGACGUCGCCUCUGUCGAACACCUCGCUUAUGGCCGGUGGUGACGACACUGCCCGUGACUCCAUGAUGAGCGGCAGCCGUAAGACUUCGCCCACUGGUCUCGCCGACAGUAUCUCGAGCCUGCCUGCCAUGCCUAGCAAGUCGGUCCCGUCUACGCCCUUCGGUCUGGGUGCCACCACUGCCAACAUUCCCGGUCCCAAGCGCACGGGCACGAGUCCCCUGGGCAAUGACAGUUUCACCCAGGCUCAGCGUGGCUUCUCUAACCCAGACCUCGCGCGCGCCUUUGCCAACAAGAGCGCUGCCGGUGGGUAUGGUCUUGACGGUGCUCCUCGCCCUUACCAGGCCGACCCCCUGUACUCGUCCAUGGGUCUCCCAGGUGGAGGCCAGGGUGGCAACAACUUCAUGCCCCAGGGCGGUGGCUACGACAACUACGGCUUCGACGACGACUCGUUCGGCUCUGGCGCUCUCUACUCUGCCGGCAUGAUGGGCAUGAAGAACAAGCGGGCCGAGGCUGACCGCGAGUUCAACCGCUUCUCUGGCAUGCGCCUUGAGGACCUCCAGGGCGAGAUCCUUUCUCUGUGCAAGGACCAGCACGGCUGCCGGUACCUGCAGAAGAAGCUCGAGGAAGGCGACCCCACCCACCGUGAUAUGAUCUUCCGCGAGACCUACGGCCACUUCCCCGAGCUUAUGAUCGACCCCUUCGGCAACUACCUGUGUCAGAAGCUUCUGGAGCAUGCUACCGAGGAGCAGCGCUCGGCCAUCAUCGACUCGGUUGCCAACGACUUGGUCGGCAUCUCGCUUAACAUGCACGGCACCCGCGCUGUGCAGAAGAUGGUUGACUUCCUGGCGCAGCCCCGUCAACCCAAGCAGAUUCGCACCCUGAUCUAUGCGCUUUCAGUCAAUGUCGUCGCUUUGAUCAAGGAUUUGAAUGGCAAUCACGUCAUCCAGAAGUGCUUAAACAAGCUUAUUCCUGAGGACAACCAGUUUAUCUACAACGCCAUCGCGACCAACCUCAUUGAGGUCGCUACUCACCGCCAUGGCUGUUGCGUCCUGCAGCGCUCCAUCGAUCACGCGUCGCCAGGCCAGCGCGUCCAGCUUGUCACCGAGAUCAUCUUCAACUCGCUCUACCUUGUUCAGGACCCCUUCGGCAACUACGUCAUUCAGUACAUCCUCGAUCUGAAUGAUGCCCGGUUCUCUGAACCCCUCAUCCGCACCUUCGUCGGCAACGUCUGCAGUCUGUCUGUGCAAAAGUUCUCCUCCAAUGUUGUAGAAAAGUGUAUCCGUGUCGCCGACCCCGAGAUCCGCAAGGUUCUUGUCGCUGAGGUGCUCAACCGGUCCCGUCUCGAGAAACUACUGCGCGACAGCUACGGCAACUAUGUCAUCCAGACCAUUCUCGACUAUUGCGAGAUCGGUCAGCGCAUGGUGCUCGUCGAGGCUAUUCGUCCUAUCCUUCCAUCCAUUCGCAACACACCGUACGGCAAGCGCAUCCAAUCCAAGCUCCAGCGGGAGGAUGCGUCGUUCAGCUACGGUGGUGGCGGCGGCGGUGGCGGCGGCGGUGGUGGUUACGGUCGUGGCGGUUACAGCAACCGCAACACUGGUGCCUACCACCCUCGUCACAUUGGUCGCCCUCAGCUGCAGCACAUCAACGCCUUGACUGAGGUCUAUGGCGCGUCGGGUGGCGCUCCGUUCAUGGGCGGCAGCGGCUAUGGCCGAGGCGCUUCGGGCGGUCCUGCCCUCCACGUUCCUCAGGCCGGCGCCGGCCCCGCUUUCCACGGCCGCGAGAUUCACAGCCACAGCGGUAUGAGCUAUCAUGCUCCUGGCCCCGAUGGCCAGCCGUGGCUUCACCUCCGCGGUCCCGGUGGUCACCCCGCGCCCAACUGGAAUACCCCUGGUGCCGGCCCAGCCGGCAUCGACCCCCUUCCCGCUACCGCGCCGUCCGAUGGUGACCCGGUUCUCGCCGCCCAGGCUGCUGCUGCAGCCGUAACGGAGCGUCCGGGUCAGGGCCAGCCUUCGCUUCCGCUCUGGCAGGACCCAUCGUACAUGUACGCGAACGGCGGACACCUUCCCCCGCUCAUGUAACGGAACGUUGAUCGGCAACGAGACGGCUGUACCCCACCGGCGACGUGGCUGUACGCUGAGCG